AUGGGGGCACCGCUGGGACAUAUGGUUUACCAAUAUGGUGUAACCAGAUGCGUAGAUCAGACGGAGCAGAGCAUAUAUACAGAAAACGAAUAUGAAAAUCUACCCACAAUUUAUGCUAUAACCCCGACCUAUGCCCGACCAGAACAGAAAGCCGAACUAACUAGGUUGUCCCAUGUAUUUAUGUUGGUGCCUAAUCUAUAUUGGAUUAUAGUGGAAGAUUCUGAUGAAAAAACGCAUCUUGUAGAAAAUUUGUUGGCGAGGGCCGGUUUAACACUUCGUUCCAUUCAGCUACAAGUAAAAACACCGGCUGCUUAUGUACCACCUAGAGCGGAACCUUAUAGGGUUCAACCUCGUGGAGUGAAGCAACGUAAUACAGGUUUAAGCUGGUUACGGAGUUAUACAGAUCCUGAAGAGCACGGUAUAGUUUACUUUAUGGAUGACGAGAAUACUUAUAGCGUGGAUUUAUUCAGUGAAAUGAGUAAAACUCAACCAGGACGUGUUUCAGUGUGGCCCGUAGGAUUAGUAGGCACUUUAAUGGUCGAGAGACCGAUUUUAAACGAUCAAAAAACGGAAAUUAUCGGUUUCAAUACUGUUUCGCGUCCCGAGCGACCAUUCCCAAUUGAUAUGGCUGCCUUUGCUAUCAGCAAAAAUCUACUAUUUCAACAUCCCGAAGUGAGGUUUUCUUACAAUGCGCACCUUGGGUAUCAAGAAACUGAGUUUUUAAUGAAUUUAACUACACUACGCGAAUUACAGCCGUUAGCUACUGAAAGCGAAGAUGUCUUAGUGUGGCAUACGCGGACGCAGAAGACAAAACUGACGGGAGAGGACGGUUUGAGAAAAAACGGCAGGCGCUCCGAUGAAGGCUUGGAAGUCUAAACGCAUGGUUGAAAAAUUACAUUGGAAGCGACUUGGACUUUUUUCCUUAUUUUUAUACACUAUUUCUCUUUUUUUGCCCUUCUUUGAAUAUAAAAUUUAUAGUAAGCACAUUCCUUGUCGACAAUUAACGAGCUGAAGAGGUUGUUGGUGAGAAAAGCUUUCCUCGUUGGAUGAACUAGAAUAUUAGUCACAUAAGAAAUUUACGGACUCUUGGGCGUUGCCCAUUCACAGACCCAUCUCAAAAGUGAAGAAGUAUUUUCGUUGCCCAUGGAUACCUAUUGCCACAAGAAUAUGUUGCAAAUCCGCCAAAUGUUGCGGGUUG